AUGUCGAGUGCUGGAAAAUCUACACCAAGCACCAAUAGUGCAGGUACCACGUCCGCAAGUGCAGUAGCGACCAAUGCGGCAUCAGGCAGCGGAACUGUGCAGGAGUUUAAGAUUCGCGUACCAAAGAUGCGCAAGAAGCAUCAUGUUAUGCGUUUCAAUGCUACAUUGAAUGUUGAUUUCGCACAGUGGCGAAACGUUAAGUUGGAGCGCGAGAACAACAUGAAAGAGUUUCGGGGCAUCGACGAAGAGCAACCAAAAUUCGGCGCUGGCUCGGAGUACAAUCGAGACCAGCGUGAGGAAGCGCGUCGCAAGAAAUUCGGCAUUAUUGCUCGUAAAUAUAGACCAGAGGCUCAGCCGUGGAUUCUUAAAGUUGGCGGAAAAACGGGAAAAAAAUUUAAGGGUAUUCGUGAAGGUGGAGUUGGUGAAAAUGCAGCCUUUUAUGUAUUUACACACGCUCCCGAUGGCGCAAUUGAAGCCUAUCCUCUCAAUGAAUGGUACAACUUCCAGCCCAUACAGCGCUACAAGUCGCUCUCUGCGGAGGAGGCCGAACAAGAGUUUGGACGUCGCAAAAAAGUGAUGAAUUAUUUCUCUCUUAUGUUGCGCAAGCGCUUACGAGGCGACGAAGAGGAGGAGCAAGAUCCUGAAGAAGUCAAAUUGUUGAAGGCAGCCACCAAAAAGUCAAAGGAGCUAAAAAUAACCGAUAUGGACGAAUGGAUUGAUUCAGAGGAUGAGUCCGAUUCUGAAGAUGAGGAGGAGAAAAAGAAGAAAGAGCAGGAAGAUAGCGACGAUGGCAGUGGAAAGAAGGGAAAGGGCAAAAAAGGUUUGGAUAAAAAGAAGAAGAAACGCGAUGUGGAUGAUGAGGCCUUUGAAGAGUCCGAUGAUGGAGACGAAGAGGGACGCGAAAUGGACUAUGAUACAAGUUCCAGUGAAGAUGAACCUGAUCCAGAGUCCAAGCUUGUAAAGGACAUGAAAGGCGUGGCCGAAGAAGAUGCACUCCGCAAGUUGCUCACUUCCGAUGAGGAGGAAGACGAGGAAAAGAAAUCAGAUGAGUCAGAUAAAGAGGAGGGUGAUGAGAAAAAGAAAAAAGACAGACCCAAAGAUGAAAUGACCAAGGAUAAAAAGAAAAAAAAACAAUCAAAAGAUGAAAAGAAAUCAAAAUCCACUGGCAGCGACUCAUCAUCCGACCUCAGCUCCGACAGCACAGAUUCCGAAGACGACCUCAGCAAUGGACCUCUGAAAAAGAAACCAUCAUCGAACAAAGAUAAAGAUAAAGACAAGGAUAAGGAUAAGGAAAUGGCUCUCAAGGCAAUCGCCAGUGGCAGUAAUGCAAAUAAAUCUCGUUCGGCAACGCCUACGCAACUGAACGACCCCAACAAACGCAAAAUAAACAGCCUGCCUAGCGAUCUCACCGGAUCGGACACCAGUAACAGUCCUAGCAGCACCCCAGCAAAACGUCCCAAAAAUGAGUUGACUAACUCUUUACCUUCGUCAUUUGCUGGCGUAGUUAACAACAAAGUGGAAGAUUAUGGUAUUACUGAGGAAGCUGUUCGUCGAUAUCUUAAGCGUAAGCCAUUGACAGCUACUGAGCUGUUAACUAAAUUCAAGAACAAGAAAACGGGCGUCUCCAGCGAUCGCUUGGUCGAGACCAUGACCAAGAUUCUAAAGAAAAUCAAUCCUGUCAAACAUACCAUUCAGGGGAAAAUGUAUCUAUGGAUAAAAUAAUUUUUCCAUGUAUCUCCAUAUUGAAAUAAUAAUUUU